UUGACGUUGCGGAUUCUUUUGGGCGUUCGUAAACUAUGUGUUCUUCAGUUUAUGUGGAUUCGCGAGGCAAUUAGUUUAGGGCGUUUCGCGAUUUGAGUUUCCUCCAAUUUAAGGUUCGAGCAAACAUAACACGUAGCACAUUUCUCAUUCUUCGCUGCACAGUGGUCAAAGGAACCAGCGAAAUCUUCUUGCGCAGGAUCUCUCUGUUUCCAAUGAGAAGAUAAGUUGUCUGCUAAUAGUUCAUGGAGAAAGAAAGAUUUCAAGCAGACUUGGGAUAAAGACACAGAGAAACAUAUAAGAGAGAGAGAGAGAGAGAGAGAGAGAGAGAGAGAGAGCACUGAGAGGGGUGGCGAGUUGUCGAGGGUUGUGCGUCCCCCCUAUUCCGCGGCUCCAAAACCGGCUUUUAAUGGUGUCGGGGGUGAGCAAAUGAAUGAGAAGAAGUAAAGGCUCCGAAGCCUAUUCGGAGAUUUGUAGCUCCAUUGGAUUCUGCUUCGCCAUUGUGUAUGACUCUGCUACCUUCGUUUUCGUGAAUACAUGCCUUCUGUGGAUGAUCUCUUACUAGUUCAAAUGAUCUCCCACUGCUCUCAAGAUCGCUGCUUUGAUAGGGGAUUAUUACGGGGUCCAAACACGAGAAGCGGAGACUUGUUGGAGGGGAUGCUCAACGACUAUGUCGCUGGCAAGUCUUCGGCCAAGAUGAGGGCUCCUAAGAUUGCCUCCUCUAGCCUUGUCGCGACGCUCACCUGCCUCCAGUUCGCCUUCGCCAUGUACGCCACCUUCCUCCUCUACUACAUGAGCCCCUCCGUCGACCUGCGCAGCAAGGCGGACUUCUCCUGGGCCACCCGCAUCGCCCAGCACUGGAAGCAAUUCAUCGGCCACCCGCAUGUGAUGUCGAGCAUCCAAGACAUCCCCGCCGUCGUCGACUCGCCCGCUGCGGUCUGCGAGUUCGAACAGAUCGAUUUCUCGCAGAAGAAAUCGGACGACGCACUGAUGAUCAAGCUGAAGAGGGAGCUCUACGACGAGGUGUUGGCGUUCCAGAAGGCAAACUCGGGGACCGAGUCCCUCGCGGAGCUCACGAGGAUGAAGUCCAAGUGGAGCCGCGUCGGCCCCAACAUCCCCAAGAUCACUGUGAUCUUGAACCAUUUCAAGAGGAAGACGCUGUGUGCUCAGCUGGAUUCGUUGCUGAACCAGACACUGCCGUUUCAUCAUCUCUGGGUGCUCUCUUUCGGCAGCCCAAACGAGGUCUCACUGAGACGAAUCGUGGAGAGCUACAACAAUUCGAGGAUCAGCUUCAUCAGUUCAAGCUACGACUUCAAGUACUACGGGAGGUUUCAGAUGGCCCUACAGACUGAAGCCGACUUCGUGUAUAUUCUGGAUGACGACAUGAUUCCUGGCAAGAAGAUGCUGGAGAUACUGUCCCAUGUCGGAGGGACAGACAAGUACAGGAACUCGGUUCUCGGCAGCAUCGGAAGGAUCUUGCCUUUCCGGCAGAAGGACUUCACAUUUCCAAGUUACAGGAAGUUCCUGUCUAAGGAAGCAGGACUGUAUCUUCCCGAUCCUGCUUACGAUAUCACCGUCGAAAGGAUCGUGCAGGUUGACUUCUUGUCAAGUUCUUGGUUUCUGUCCGCAGAUCUCGUCAAGACGUUGUUCGUGGAGACGCCAUUUACUUUCAUGACCGGUGAAGACUUGCAUCUCAGUUAUCAGCUUCGGAAGUACAGAGACGCAGGAUCGUACGUGCUGCCCAUAGAUCCCAGUGACAAGGACACAUGGGGUGACAGUGAGCACAGACUCGCAUAUGUUUCCGAGACCACCGUCAUCUUCAAGGAUGUUGUCCGAGUCCGGGAUGACCAAUGGUGGCGUGCCUUGUCCGCCGGUUAUGUCACUCAGUGGGCUGCCAUGUACCCUCAGAAAAUAGACGCUCUGUUCUACGCCCAUUCCGUCGGUGAAGUGAGAGCCCUUGCCCCUCUUCUCGAGAAGUUCCGUACGACUGUAGGAAGGAAAGCCUACAUCGUCGUCUCCGGUGGGAGUUUCUGCUCUUGCCAAGAAGCUGUGACUGUUCUCAGGUGGCCGGAGAACGUUUGCAGGGAGAGGAGGUUCAAGAUCUUCGACCUGGAAAUCGGAGCGAUCUCAGGGGCGUCGAACUCGGAGGUUCCGGUGGUGCAGGCGGUGUACUCGAGCCUGAAGGGGCUUCUCAAGAUCCACAACCCAAGUUUGCUGAUCGCAGUCGAUGAUGUCGAUCAAAAAGUGAAGAACGCGCUAAAGAUGGCUGCCGAGGGCACUGCAAACGUCACCGCUCUGGUUCUUCUUCCCAGGGCUGAUGUGCCAAAGGUUCUAUGGAUGGCUGAUCUGCGACCGAUUGCAUUGCCGAGUUGGAACCGGAUGCGGAUCACUGUGAACGUCAUCACCCAGAACCGUGCAACCUCUCUUCGGAGACUUCUUGGAUCUCUCCAGAAUGCGUAUUAUCUCGGCGACGAGGUGCGUCUCAGCUUCAACAUGGACAGCAAGGUCGACCAGGAGACGCUCAAGGUGGUCGGGUCCUUUCGAUGGGCACAGGGGCCAAAGUUCAUUCGCCGUAGGAUCAUCCAUGGCGGGCUGAUCCGAGCCGUGAGCGAGAGCUGGUACCCCUCCGACGACGACGACUUCGGCCUCCUGCUCGAAGAUGACAUCGAGGUCUCUCCCUACUACUACGUGUGGAUCAAGUACGCACUGUUGUCCUACCACUACGACCCCCAAGUCUCCCUCCCGGAGCUCGCAUCCAUCUCCCUGUACACACCCCGGCUGGUGGAGGUGGUGAAAGAGAGGCCCAAAUGGAACGCCACCGAGUUCUUCAAGAAGAUCCACCCCAACACACCGUAUCUGCACCAGCUCCCCUGCAGUUGGGGGGCCGUGUUCUUCCCCAAGCACUGGAGGGAGUUCUACGCCUACAUGAACGCAAGGUUCACCGAGGACGCCAAGCAGAACCCGGUGCAGAUCCCCAAGUCGAGGACCAACGGGUGGCAGGCGUCGUGGAAGAAGUUUCUCAUCGACAUGAUGUACCUGCGAGGUUACGUCAGCCUCUACCCCAACUUCCCAAACCAAGCAAGCUUCUCGACCAACCACAUGGAGCCCGGCGCGCACAUCAGCGCAAAGGACAACGUGGUGAAGCAUAACAAGGAGGACUUCGAGGUGCCAUUGAUGAAGGCCGAGUUCACCAAGUUGCUACCUGCAGGGAAGCUGCCUCCGGCUAACAAGUUGCCGGUGCUCAACCUGUUCAACCAGGCGGUGUCUUUGAAAGCCUUGAAGGCAGCGGGUGCGAAGCUUAGGCAGGAUCUGAUCAGCUGCGACGAGGCGGAGAUCGUCACGGUGGAUCACAGCACUGGUUUGCCCAGGAAUUGCACGAGGUUCUGAAUCACGAGUCCGAUGUCAACUUUCUGAAGCCAUUUGAAGAAGUUGUAUGAUUUUUUGGUUCUUUUGCGAGGGGCUAAUUAGCUAAUCUGUCAUCACAAAAGAGUGACAAUUUGAUGAUUGCUUUCGAUGAA